AAAAUUUUAAAAAUCUUAAAUUCGACUAAAGACUACUCUAUCUUAUUACUUUAUCACAAUGCCAAAAUUUAUUCUUAUUACCUUGUUUCUUACCUUUACUUUGGCCUGGGUUACUCAAUCUAUUCCUGCCAUAAAUUACCUUGAACAUGCUACUGAACCUGCCAAAGAAUUUUUCUAUUUUCCUUCAAAAGUUAAUCGAAAACUUAAUGAAUGCAAUUAUUGCCCAGUAAAAAGUCAUUGUAUAAAAAUCGUGCAGUUUUUGUUUUAUUUUUGUAAUAAUUAUCUAGUUUUUGUUUAGUAUUUGUAUAAUUGAAUAAAAUCGCAUUUUUUCAUAAAAUUUAAUCAUAUGAUUAUUGUAGGCUUUUCGUAACAUUAUUAAUAUUCUGACAUUUAAUAUUAAAUUAAAUUUUAUUUCGUAAACUUAAAUGUGUGAUUAUUGUAGAUUUUUUAUAAAGUUAUU